UAAUGAGUUUCUUUUUUAUAUUCUCAUGCCUGCACCAUAUUCAACUCAUAUCCUUCCAUAUCACCUUUCCUUGGCUCCCUUCUUUGCACUUCUUUCCUUUCAUAUUCCCAAGUAGUCCCAUAUCUAGAGUUCACAUAUAGAAUAUAACGUAAAAUACUUGCCUUCCUUUUCAUUCUUUUCCUCUUCCAUUAGUCUAUCCUCCUUUCACACAGUCUCCCUUCUACUUUCAUAUCUAACAAUCUAGGAAAUCUUGAUUAAAUCUUAAAUCUAGAUUCCUCACAUGAGGAAAAGCAUGCAAUAUUUACCUCAUGGUCCUGGCGUAUUUCAUUUAGCAUGAUUAAAACCAGUGCUGUUUGUUUGUUUGUUUGUUUCCUUGCAGAGAUCAGAGAAGGUGAUGAUGACAGGCAGGUGGUCGCAGAGAUCAUGGCAAGAAGUUUUAUUCCGACUCUGAUAACAACUAUUUCUUGGGAAGGCUUUCACUUUGCUGGUCAUGAGAUUCGGAUUACUGAAGCCAAAGAUUGUUAUGGUGCUGUUGUCUGGCCAUCGGCCCUUGUUCUAUGCUAUUUCCUGGAAACACAUGCCAAGCAAUAUAACAUGGUUGAUAAAAAUGUGAUUGAAAUUGGAGCUGGGACAGGGCUUGUCUCCAUUGUGGCAAGUUUACUUGGUGCUCGAGUGACUGCUACAGACUUACCUGAAUUACUUGGAAACCUGCAAUAUAAUAUUUCCAGAAACACCAAAAUGAAAUGCAAGCAUUUGCCCCAGGUUAAAGAGCUCUGCUGGGGAGUAGCAUUAGACAGGAACUUCCCCAGGUCUUCCAAUAACUACGACUACAUCCUGGCAGCAGAUGUUGUCUAUGCCCAUCCUUUCUUGGAGGAGCUUCUCAUGACCUUUGACCAUCUCUGCAGAGAAACUACCAUCAUCCUCUGGGCCAUGAGAUUCAGGCUGGAGAAAGAAAAUACAUUUGUAGAUAGGUUUAACGAACUGUUUGACCUGGAGGAAAUUUCUAGUUUCCCCAGCCUGAAUAUUAAGUUGUACAAAGCUAUGAAGAAAAAUCGGAGGAGUGCAUAGUGCAUAUUGUCUGUUAAUUAGGGCAUGGGCAUGCCAAACAGUUUCUAGUAGAUCAUUACUUCAAGGAAAACACACACACACACCACCACUGUAAGAAUAAAAAUUAACUCUAAACUUUUCUUAUUUUAAGCAAGAAUUUUUACACACAUGGUAGGUGCAUUUGUAAGAUUAGGAUAAUUUGUUCCCAAGUCUGUCUGCUCAGUACUCUAAUUACAUUGUAACAAACUUUCGGUAACACAGUGCUGUGUCAUCAGAGCAAAAUGGUAAUUUUCAAUAAUGAUAUCUCUAACAGAAUGUUAUUAAUUUCACUUCUUUUUGAGAAUGUAUUUUAGAUUGGCCUUGAACUUGAGGUCUUCUUACCUCAACAUCCUGAGUGCUAGCACUCCAUGUGUGUAACCACCACACCCAUACAUGUUGUUAAUACUUUUAAAUAUAGGCUUAAAAGGUUUUAUCUUUAGAGGUCAAGAAACUGAAUAUAGUAAAUUUGCAAAUAAAUUUAAAAAGGCAGAUAUAUGAUGUAAUGCUCAGUGCUAGGUGUCUGUGGUUCCCACCAGUGCCAGUUUAGAGGGUGGCUGUCAUUUCUGCUUGGCAGUUUGGACCUCUAGCAUAACUACUGAAUCAACCAAACAUAUGGAUUUCCCUCUGUUUAUGAGUGGAAAGAGCAUAAGAAUACCUGAGAUUAGUACUUGUUUUUGUAAGCAAAGUAAAAUUCAGUUUUUUCACAGAAAUAGAAAUAAUUAUAAGAACUUUGGGUUAGAAGUACAUAAAAAGAUUUAGCUUCCUUAUCUCAAAUAAGUAGACAUGGUUUAACAGAUACACCUAGAUAUUUGAAGUUGUUAGGGUCUUGGAGAAAUCCCACAAAAGACCAUCAUCCAUGUAUGCAAUUAGCAAGAGUGUUUAUUCUUGAGAAAGAGUCCAGUAUACUGGGGCUGAGUAUCCCACACAAAGGCAAAAUGGAAAUGACCCUGAGAGAGGCUCUUUUUAAGCAUAGCCAAGGGAAGGUCCUAGGGCAGUUAGGUCACUUUAGCUAUGAUUGGCUUAAGCAAGUGGCAAUCAUUUUAGUACCUUCUAAUUGGCUAGGGCUGAUGGGUGGUCAGGUUUACAACCAUUCCGGUUUUGGGGCAGGCCUGGACAAGUUCCAGGCUUUGUCCUUAUUUGAUUAUCUCCUUGAGCUUGCUGACUGUGGCUCAGGCCUGGCCUGACCUGCUACUCCAUGUACCAGGCAGGCCUCCUUGCCCUUGGUCUUGGGGGGUUGGGGUGGGGGAGUGUUGGAGAUUGAUUGUACUUGUCUGUGGCUCUUUCAGUAUUUCCUUGUUCAGUCUCAGGGAACUGAAAUUGAGGCCUGAUAUCUGAGAGGAGACUGAGCAACCUGUUACGGUGACUACUUGGUCCUCUCAAAAUCAUCUCAAAUUUUUUCACGUGGCCCUUAGAAAUUAGAAUAAAAAUAGGUUUAAAGUAAUUAAAGUCAGUGUGGAAAGAGUAAAUAAUUAGGCCUUUAUGCCAUGUGACUGCCUGGACUGUGUGGCUGACAACACACUGUAGUGGCCUCAGCUAGGCUGUUAUGUGCUCUUGGUGAUACAUGCUCCUCCAGGGUUAGCACUUUCUGAACAUUGUCAUGGUCAAACACAUCUGCGAUUAUCUCCUGGACCCUGCACUGUAAGUUAGGCACACUUCAGUAUAACUCUUGGUGCGUGGGUUUUAUAAGGUCAUAUCUCAUCAGUUUUCUAUCUGCAUGGCUAUUUGUCUUUCCCAUGUUUAUUUAGUGUUCAGCAUGCACAGGACAGUGAUAUCAUUAUUCUCUCUUCACAGAUAAGAACAAAGGCCCAGGUUACACAGCUGUGGGGUUAAAUAUAGAGACAGUCAAACCCAGGUCUGUUUGAGCACAGAAUCUGCAUUUAUAAUUCCAGAGCUGUCUUUAUGCAUUGAAAGAAAAGUAACUUUCAAACACUUUAAACAACUGAGGUCAGUUCUUCAAAAGGAAUAGAUACUCAGAAAGAAUAAUAAAUAUAUUUAAAAAUGAGACCUAUUCCUCUUAACACUGUCCCUAGACUUUCUACCCAUGGAGGAGACAUCACAGAAGGCUGUGGUGGGAGUUACACCUGUGGUGUGGUAAAGGAACAGACAGAGACUGGUGAGGUCUGAAGUAAGAGACACACCAGGAAGUAGAUCAUGGAGGUCCUGUUCCAUGGCCUAGGAUCUCCAAAUACCAGUUCUGGGAGUGAAUACUUCAUGUAAUCAUUAGUUAGGCUGUGCAACCAUUGGUUAAGUUGUGCAGCCAUUGGUUACACUGUGUGGUGAUUGCUUAAGCUGUAUGGUUGCCAUGGAGAAUUGAAGAAAAGAAUGAAGGCCAGUCUAGCUGACCCAUUCAGUACUAGACUUUGACUGGCCUGUUUUAGGGUAUUUCUGAUUGGAGUAAGGCAUUUGGGUCUUUCUAUGUUCCUGUAUCUGUCCUGGGAAGACUGUUUUGAGGAUGGUGGUGGCUGUGAUCUGUCUGGCUGCAGCAUUUACAGUUGCCUGGUGAAAAAGUUAUUCUGAACUUAUCUGAGCAGUUUGUUACUGUGUCCACCACAUCAUUUCAGGCUCCUCAAAGAAUUCUAGCUUUUUUUUUCUGCUGAAAUAGAGAGCCACUGGAUGAUUCUAAGUGAAGGAGUGGAAUAAUGUUAUAGCCUGUGAAGACUUCUUGGCCUGGUGUUCUGAGAAUGGAAUCUCAAAGUCAAGGGAUGAACUGGGAGCUGUGGCAGCCAUCCAAGCAAAGUCUACACGGGGGAGGUGAGAUCAGCUGUUCUAGCUGUACUCUGAAGUCAGAGGCAGCAGAGUGUUCUACCAGGUGGGGUGUGGAAUGUGAGCAAGAAAGCCAGGGCUGACUGAAAUAUCCCUGUGAGCUCUAGAAUAUGAACUUAGCUUUCGGUUCAGAGAAGGCUUGUGAAGCCUUUUUACAGAGUGAGAGGGAAUCCAAAGACUGAGCCCUGAAGUUCACUGGCAUUAGGGAUCAUACAGACAUUUUCAGAAUUUUUUGGAGGCUAUGUGCCUUUCUUCAGUUGUAGCUGAAUAUGUGAUCCUGAAAAAUAUGAGUUUAAUGGCACAGCCUUCUAGAACCUGUCACUGGACUUGCUAAAUUUCUAAAAGUUGCCUCAGAGGAAUCUAAAGGGCUGAAUAUCAUAGGUCUGCAGCAAAGAACUUGGUGUAAUAAGUUGGGCGGGUCGGGGGGGACCCCACCUUGAUUCUUGAUUUAAAAAAAAGUGUUUGAAUAUCAUUGUGAAGUAAUUUUGAAGUAGGGAAGAUAAAGUGUCCUCUCAAAGACUGUUGGGACCAAACCAACCAUUUGGUUCCUUAAAAUUAUUCUUUUUCAGACACAUCCAUACCCACUGUCUUACUCUGUUCAUAGAUUUUACUUGAGAAUUCUAACACCACCCUCACAUGGUGCCUCUGUCCUAUUUCACUGUGUUUUGUCUGGUCUUCUUCCUGUUUUGUUUUUGGUUUUUCUUGCAAUCUCUCCAUGUUUUUACAGUAAUUCAGUUUCAAAAGAUGUAAUUUGAAGAGCCUUUUCUAUCUCACAGUUCUUCUUUAAAAAAUUUGUAGGACUCCAUUUGUCGACUUCAAUCUGAACAACUCCUGUUGUGAAGUUUGAGACAAGUGAGGAUAUGUUUUUGCUUUUUUUUUUUCUUUUUGAGCUGAGGAUAGAACCCAGGGCCU